GGCUGUUCCAACUCCAGUUACUGACUUACUGUUAGUGUCUUACUAGUACUACAUUAUUAUAUAUAGUCUUCUUCUUAGCUUACAUUAUCUCUCUCCCAAAUUCUCUUCUUCAACACCACCACCACCACCAUCACCACCACCACAACAGAGCCGCCCUCGAGGCGUACUCGAAACUCGAAAGGUGUAAGCAUGAUUACCCAAAAGAAAACAGUAAAUGGUGUUGGAGGAAAGACAUCAAGGGCAUGCGAAAGCUGCCUUAAGAGGCGCGCCAGAUGGUUCUGCGCCGCCGAUGAUGCUUUCCUUUGUCACGCCUGCGACUCGUUAGUCCAUUCGGCUAACGAACUCGCUGGCCGACACAAGCGAGUCCGCCUCGAGUCUAAGCUAAUUAACACACAACCAUUACCACCACCACCACCGCCACCACCACCAGAGUCUUCCUGCUGGCACCAAGGGUUCACAAAAAAGGCCCGCACCCCUCGAAAUAAUAAUAAUAAUAAUAAUAACAACAAUAAGGCAAGAAAACCAUCUUUUAGUAGUAAUAAUAAUAAUAGCUACGAGAUGCGGGUUGUGCCGGAGGUGGGAAAUGAGGAUGAUGAAGGAUCAAUCGAAGACCGGAGCGAGGCGGCCGCGGUCUUUAGUGUUCCUUCCUUGGAAUUUGAUAAUCAUCUCUUUCAAAAUAAUAAUGCUUUUGAAGAGGGUGGUGAUUUGUUGAUUGGUUUUGAAGGAGAUAAUAAUGAUUGGGAGAAUUACUUACCGCCAGGAUUUCUUCCCUCCGACAACGACCUGGCGGAGUUUGCAGCGGAUGUUGAGAGUUUGUUAGAGCAAGAGGUGGCGGAGGAAGGCGGCGUCAAAGGUGACGAGGAGGCGAAUGAUGAGUUUCAACUUAUUUAUCCGGGUGUGAAGGUUGAAGAAGAGGGUGAUAUUAGUACAAAUGAUCAUUGCUACUUUGAUUGGUCUAUAGAUAUGGAGAGUGAAAUGUUUAACUUUGAUUUGAAUAAUAAUUGUGGUGAUGAAGAAGAGGAAGAAAACGGUAAGGAAGGGGUGGUGCCGAAACACGAGGUGGCCGAGGUGGCGGAGGAGGAGGAGGAGGAGGAGGAGCUAGAGAAGAGUAAUGAUAUGAAUGCUUAUAAUAAUAGUAAUAAAAGGAGGAAGAUACUACUUAGGUUAAAUUAUGAAGAGGUAAUUAAUGCAUGGGCUAGCCAAGGUUGUGUAUCUCCAUGGACCACCGGUCGCCGCCCGGAGUUCGAUCUUGACCAUCAUGGCUUCCCCUAUUGCAUGGGCGGUACGUUCACCAACCGGCCGGGUGAGGAAUGGACGGGAGUAAGAGGAAACAUGAAUGGUGGGGACGAAGGAAGAGAAGCAAGAGUAUCAAGAUACAGAGAAAAGAGAAGGACAAGAUUGUUUUCAAAGAAGAUAAGGUAUCAAGUUAGGAAAUUGAACGCAGAGAAGAGGCCUCGGUUGAAAGGACGGUUUGUCAAACGCACAUCCCUUUCACAAGUAGUAGGAGACUAGGAGUCAGAGUUUAAUCCAAUUUCCCUAUCUAAUUAUCUCAAUAAAUAACAAUUAGCCUUUGUUGGUUUGGUUAAUUAAUUACUAUCGUUUUCAUGUA